AUGGCUUUAAAAAUCCUGAACAUACAAGACGAGGUGUUCUGUCCCAUCUGCCUGGAGCUUUUGACAGAAUCCCUGAGCCUAGACUGUGGCCACAGCUUCUGUCAAGCUUGCAUCACUGCAAACACCAAGGAGGCAGAGAUCAGACUAGAAGGGGAAAACAGCUGUCCUGUAUGUGGUGUCAAAUACUCCCUUGAAAACCUAUGGCCUAAUCAGCAUCUGGCUAACAUAGUGGAGAAAAUCAGAAAGGUCCAGUUGAGCCCAGAGGAGGAGCUGAAGAGAGACCUCUGUGUGCGCCAUAAAGAGAAACUCCUGCUCUUCUGUAAGGAAGAUAGGAAGAUCAUUUGUUGGCUUUGCGAGCGGUCUCAGGAGCACCAUGGUCACCACACAUUCCUCGUGGAGGAAGUAGUCAAGGAAUGUCAGGAGAAGCUCCAGGCUGCUCUGGAGAGGUUGAAGACAGAGCAGCAGAAAGUUGAGAAGCUAGAAGCUGACAUCAGAGAAGAGAGAACUUCCUGGAAGUACCAGAUACAGACUGAGAGACAAAGGAUAAGAACAGAAUUUAAUCAGCUUAGAAGCAUCCUGGACAGUGAAGAGCAGAGAGAACUGCAAAAAUUGGAAGAAGAGGAGAAGAGAAUACUGGAUAACUUGGCUGAGGCUGAGGAUGAUCUGGCUCAGCAGAACCAACUGGUGAAAGAACUUAUCUCAGAUCUGGAGCAUCGCAGUGAAUGGCCAACAGUGGACCUGCUGCAGGAACAACAUUUUUUUGUCAUGCCUAGGAGUGAGAUCUGGACACUAAGGAAGCCAAAAACUGUUUCAAGAAGACUGAAGAGUUCCUUCCAUGCUCCAGAUCUGAGGGCAAUGCUGCGCAUACAUAGAGAGCUAACACAUGUCCAGUGCUACUGGGUGGACAUCACACUGAAUCCAAUCAACCUAAAUUUAAACCUUGUCCUUUCAGAAGAUCAGAGACAAGUAAUGCCUAUGCCAAUUUGGCCUGUUAAAUCUUAUAAUUAUGGUAUCUUGGGCUCCCAAAACUUCUCUUCAGGGAAACAUUACUGGGAAAUAGAUGUGUCCAAGAAGACUGCUUGGAUCCUAGGAGUAUACUGUAGAACAUGUUUCCGUAAUAUAAAAUAUGCUGUUAGACAAGGUACAGAUUAUCAAAAUAUCUUCUCCAGAUACAAACCUCAAUUUGGCUACUGGGUUAUUGGGUUACAGAAUAAAUUUGAGUAUAAAGCCUUUGAGGAGUCUUACACAUCUGAUCCCAAGGUCUUGACUCUUUCCAUGGCUGUUCCUCCCUGUCAUGUUGGGGUUUUCCUAGACUAUGAAGCAGGCAUUGUCUCAUUUUUCAAUGUCACAAACCAUGGAUCACUCAUCUACAAAUUUUCUAAAUGUUGCUUUUCUCAGACUGCUUAUCCAUAUUUUAAUCCUUUGAACUGUCCAGGCCCCAUCACCCUGUGCCCACCGAGCUCCUGA